CACCCUAGCCGGCUCUGUCCACAAACGGGUUGCUGUCUCGUUCACUCCUCACAUCCACACAUAGCACCUGACCACAAGAAUACCUGCUGGUAAUAGUCGACCAUGUCGACCACCGGGCAGCCCGCGCAAGUAGGAGUUGGUGAAGUAGUGGAUGGUGAACAGCGGCUGCUGCCCUCGGCCAACCUGCCGCGCGUCCUGAUCAUCGGUGCAGGUUCCCGGGGGCGGACCUAUGCCCGCUCUGUGAAAUCGUUAGGCAAUGGCGUGGUGGCCGCAGUGGCUGAACCGGAUGAAUACAAGAGAAACCGCUUCGGCGACACCAUGAUCUGGGGUUCCAAGCCUCCCCCCGAGGGCGCUGCCUUCGCGGACUGGAACGACUUCAUCGCCUACGAAACCAGCCGUCGGGCCCGUGUGGAGGCGGGCGAGAAAGACGUCCCGGCCGGUGUCGACGCGGUCUUCGUCUGCGUAUUGGACGAGAUGCACCGCGAAGUCGUUGUCGCCCUCGCCAAGCUCGGCGGGCUCCAUAUCAUGUGCGAGAAGCCGCUAGCAACGACGCUCCAGGACUGCGUUGCGAUGUACAAAGCCCUACAGUCCAACAAGGUUGCCGGUGGCCAGCCAGCCGUUUUCUCCAUUGGACACGUUCUGCGCUACAGCCCUCACAACACGCUGCUUCGCAAGCUGCUCCUUCAAGACCGCGUCAUUGGCGACAUCCUGUCGGUGCUACAUACAGAACCGGUGGGAUGGUGGCACUUCACCCACAGCUAUGUCCGCGGGAACUGGCGUCGUGAGAGCACGUCGGCCCCGAGUCUACUCACCAAGAGUUGCCACGACAUUGACAUACUCUUGUGGCUGUUGUGCUCGCCACCGGAUUGCGCAGCCCAAGACUGCCCUCCUCCUCAUUUGCCGUCCACCGUCGCUAGCACUGGCUCGCUGCAGUACUUCAAAAGAAGCCGCAAGCCGGUGGAAGCUGGCACUGCCACCAACUGUCUGUCAUGCCCUGCCGAGAGUAUCUGCAAAUAUUCCGCGAAGCGCAUCUAUGUGGGUGACGAGCUGGCCGGAGUCGAGUCGGGCAACAAGGGGUGGCCUGUGAGCAUCGUCCUCCCCGACAUUGAGUCGUACAAGAGCCAGGCGCAGGCGAAGGCGGCCAUGCUCGACGAGCUUGCCAGGGACUAUGACUCCGGCACGCCGGACUCGGAAAUUUCUCGCCGGAACUGGUUCGGCAGAUGUGUAUACGAGAGCGACAACGACGUCUGCGACGAACAGGUGGUCACCAUGACCUGGGAGGAUGACCCCUUGCCAGCACGCCAUGGAGGCAACAGCCGAAACUCGAAGACAGCGGUUUUCCACAUGGUGGCACAGACGAGAAGAAUCUGCGAGCGGUACACUCACCUAUACGGGGUGGACGGCGAGAUCUUUGCCGACUCGACCACAAUCACCGUCGAGGACUUCCGCACCGGACGAACGACCGUCCACCGUCCUCCGGUCGAAAGCCACGACCAUGGGGGCGGCGAUAUCGGCUUGACCCGCCAGUUUGUCACUGCCGUCGACAAGGUUAAGAACUACGGCUGGUCCACAGACCGCGCGCAACGCGAGCUGAUCGGCUGCACUCUGGAGGAGGCCAUCCGUAGCCAUGCCAUGGUAUUUUGCGCCGAGUCAGCGCGACGUGACAAGAAGGUGGUUGACUGGCCCGAGUGGUGGGCCGCCGAAGUCCAAGCCAGGUUGGCUUAAAGCCCAGCCUAACAAUUCCGCUCUUCUCUCUCCUCCCCCUUUAUUGCCGAUGGGAAUAAGGGCGGUAGCUACGUUACCUUAGGUGUUGUGGCGAAAUUGGGAGCGUGGGCGAAUCCCACCAAGAGGACAAACCUCAUGGUACUAUGCGAGCUCCCUUCCUGGUACGGAGUUGAUAUUUCUAG